CACACGUGUUUACUACGGACUUAUUCAACGUGGAGAUAUCAACUUCAACACCGGAGAUAGGACACAAAAAAAAAUAAUUGGAAAUUUUCCCAAAUUGUAAAGUUCUUAAAUGUAUUCAAGUCAAAUGCACAGCAAAUACUAACGGUGAACAGGACAUUCAGCUGAUAUACAAAGGUAGAGAGAUGUUCAACUAUUUAAACUGAAAGUUGAUGAUAACUUCAGCAAUGAGUGAUUCAGCACCAGUGCUUGAUCAUAUUCCCCUUCCUCAUACAGCAAUCCUGUCACCUCAGGAGGGAAAGUCAGGCGCACACAACACCUCAGUCACAGGCAAGAGAAAAUCUAGCAAACACAAUGACAGCAGUGAUGAAAAAGAGUCUAAGAAAAAACAUAAAAAAUCAAAGAAGAAAGACAAGCAUAAAGACAAAGAGAAAGAAAAAAGUAAAGAGAAAAAGAAAGAGAAAAAACACACUUCUGAACCAGAGUUGACAGCAAUAGAAAAGUUUAAUAUGUUUAAAAAACAAAGAGAGGCUGGUAAAGGAGAUGAUAAAAUUGUUGAUGAUCUCUUUAAAGACUUCAUUGCAUCAAAACUGAAGCAAAUUGAAAGUGAUAAUAUUAAAAGUAAAGACAAAAAAAGUAAAUCCAAAAAGGAUAAGGAUAAAAAGGUGAGUUCGGUGGAUGAAAUGAAUAAAUUUCUUGAUAAUGAAAUAAGUAACAUUGCACUGCCUACUGUAUCAAAAGACACAACAGAAAAGCCAGCUAGUCCACCAGACAAGGUAAAGUCUGUUGCUAAACCAACAAGUGUACCAGAUAACUUAAAAUCAGUAGGUAAUAUGAAGUCUGUCCUACCUGGUAGAAAACUAAGUGUAAUUGAUAACCCAACAACUCUAGGAAGCCUUUUAAAACUUGAUAAAAGGAAAGAAAACAUAAAUGCCAAUAAAACGUGUGUUAACAAAGGACCAGUUAUAGGAAAUGAUAUACCACUAAGGAAGGAAAAAGACUUCCCAAAAUCUAGUCAGCCGAUUCCAGAUAGUGCUAUUCCACUGCCUACUGGGAGUGCUAUUCCACUGCCUACUGGGCCAGGUCCAACUCAAGAAGGCCCGAGGUCUGCUUUACCUGACAAGGAAGUAGAUGAUACAAGUACUCAGAAAGACAAAACAGAAAAAGCUCUGCCUGUAUUUGGACCUAUGUUACCAAGGUCCAUAGCUAUUGGUGAAAAACCAGAUAAUGCAGAAGAACAGAAAAUUGAGGUUAAGAAACCGCUUGGUUUCAAGAACUUUGGGAUAAAGCUGAGUGCUACUAGUGCUGAACUUAUACAGUCAGGAGAGGUACACAAGAAAGGAAAAAGACUCGAGGAAGGUGAGGUUUUAUCCUCAUCUUCUGAAGGUAGUGACAGUUCAGACUCUGAACCAGAUGCUGAUGAUGAUGGGGAUGAUGAUAAUGAAGUCUCAGGAACUGGAUCAAUCAGUGACUCAGAAGGAGAAUCAAAAUCUGGAUUGAAGUCGAAAAAGAAGAAGAAGAAAAAGAAGAAAGCAAAACAUAAAAAGAAGAAAAAACAUAAAGAAAAAGAUAAGGACAAAGAGAAAGAUGGGGUUGUAGUUGUUGGGAAGGAAAAACCAGGGUCAAAAAGAAAGGUCUCAAUUACUCCACGUUCAAGGUCAAGAUCUCCAAAAAAGUCACGAAGGUCAAGGUCACAUUCUUAUUCAAGAGAUAGGUCAAGAAGGCGGUCACGCUCUAGAUCUCGAGAUAGAGGAAGUUCACGCAGAUCUAGGUCAAGGUCCAGAGGCCGAAGGUCAAGAUCUCGGGGAAGAAGAUCAAGGUCAAGAGGGCGGAGAUCAAGGUCCAGAAGUAAAAGCCCUGACAGAUUCUGGAGAAGUAAAUAUGGUGACUUUGAUGCCUACAGAUUUCUUAAAGGAAAACGUGACAGAUCACGUAGUCGAUCACCUGACAGAGAGCGAGACAGGUUCAUUGAGAAGGAAAAGAAAAGAUUGGAAGAUCUACGUCUAAGAAUUGAUAAAGCCAAACUCAGGGAAAUUGCAAUUAAAAAUGCAGUAUCUAAUGCAAGAUCAGGAGGACCUCAGCUAGAUGUGGCAAUAAAAUCUGGGGGAAAAUCAGUGGAGGAAUUAACAGAGUACUGUAAGAAAAUACAAGAGAAAGAAAUACUGAAGAAGAAAUCAAGAAAUGAGUUUGAGAGUUCAUCUGACGAAGAGCCAUCGAGAAAUUCUGAGGAUGAAGACAUGUUGCACCAUCCAUUCCUUGUAAAAGAACCAGGUUCUAUUAUUGUUGAUAUCAAGAAUUCUAAACAGCUGCCUGUUGUCUCACCACAAGAGAGAAUAACCCAGAAUGCACAACUGCGAAUUACCUAUCCUGUGUCUAGUGGUUCCCAGCACAGAGACAAAGAAUGGGUACCAGUUGAACCAGACCCUGUUCCCCAACCAAAGCCAAAAACAAACACAGUGGGUGGAGUACCAGCGUUGAUGCCACCUCCAGCACCACCCAAACCCAAACCAGAUAUUAAAGUAUUUGAGGAACCACCAGAACAGCCAGUGGAUAUAAGCUCGAUUGUAUCAGAGAGACUCGAUGCAAUGAAGAAGUUACAGGAGAAUCCAAAUGAUACCUGCGCUAAAAUUAUACUUUCCAAGGCACAGGAACGGGCAAGUAUGUGGGCUGCAUCUAAGAAUUUACCAGGCCAGUUUAUAGGAAGUACAGGGGCCAAUAUUCUUUCACAAGAAGAGUUGAUGGGCAACAAGAAGCGUCAGGCUUGGCUUAAAAAGAAAAGAAGAUUAGAAAUAUUGAGCCAAAGAAAGUUUAAACAGAAAUUUUCUACAGAAGUUGUGAAAAAGAUUCUCAUCAAGAGCCUUAAUUUACAGAGAAAGGAUGUGUUCACAAGUGCUGCCCCAGUGACUGGGGGGAUCGGUAUGUUCCUGCUACAGAAAAUGGGCUGGAAACAUGGCGAGGGCCUCGGCAAAAAUAAUGAGGGAACUAAGGAACCACUGAUGUUGGAUUUCAAAGUGGACAGGAAGGGUCUGGUUACAGAAGGGGAAGGAAAGAAAGUAACUCAGCCAAAACUACCUAGGGUAAAAGAUUUAUCAGGUAAACACCCAGUUUCUGCGCUAGGAGAAUUGUGUAACAAGAAGCAUUGGGGUCCUCCACAUUACGAGUUGGUACAUGAAAGCGGACCUGCUCAUAAAAAAGAUUUUCUCUUCAAGGUUAGAGUGAAUGGUGUAGACUAUCAACCUUCAGUUGCCAGUAAUAACAAGAAAUUGGCUAAAGCACAGUCAGCUACAGUAUGUCUACAAGAAUUAGGACUUGUACCAAGAACUAUUGCAGCUUCUUGAUAUACAUGAUACAGAUACAUCAACCAUUGUUCCAAGCACGUGAACUUGUAUCAAGCAUUGCUAUCAUUCUAGCUGUCGUAGUGUUUGAUAGAACCCCAUACCUGCUUCUGAGUUCGUCUGUGUUGUACAUGAAACACUGUUGAGAAGAAUACUCUGUGUAACUUUAUGUUAAAGGCUUUGCUUCUUGUCUUUUCAGCUUGUAUUCGGGAGUGCUUGUACAUAAUGAAACAAAAUAUCAAAUUCAUUGUUUCGAGAAACUAAACCCUGCACAGUAACUAAGUAGCAAAUUCUGAACAUACAUCUGUUAAAUUAAGUUCAGUUAUACUGGUAGCUGUAUAAAAAAGUUUGAAGGAUAUGAAAUGCCAAAAAGCAUUGGUUCAUUAUGAACCAAGUUGGGAGACUUUUGUUUGAAAUAGAAACAGAAAGUAGAAUAUGAUUAAAAAAUAUGGGAAAAAAUGUUCAUUUUAAAAAAACAGUUGUGAUUAAAAGUCUUGUUUUAGAAAGGAAGAACUUAGAUUGUUCAGCAAUGCAGUCUUUUUUGGUGAUUUUAUAGUGUCUUUUUUUACAAUAUUAUUAUAUGGCAAAAAAAUGUUUAUAACACCUGUACUGAGCAAGAACUGAUUGUGAGUAAAUGUCAUGAAGCAUUACUGUUGGUAAAUGUACAGUAAUAUUUGUAGUAAGUAAAUAAAAUGUAUUAAAGUGUGAUAAUUGUAAAUGUAUUAAAUGAAGUGGUGUGUUCCUGUAUGUAUAAUUAAGUACUGAAGACUAAAUGUACAGCAUUACAUUUGUAAUUGUGCUUUUUAAAAUCAUUCCAUUAAUCAUAAGUUUUUCAGCAAUAAAAUUUCAGAAUAUUCCUUUUCAUAGAAAACAGACGCUUUAAAAAACACACACAUUUGCUAUAACUUUUGUACAAAUUUUUGUUACAUAUAUUUUUUACAGGAAACUUAACCAAUAUAAGAAAAAAAUAAUCUUCAGAAUUAUGUUAAUUCUGUCAUUAAAUUUUGUUAAAUAAUAUUAAUGUCAUAUUGUAAGUCUCUUUGUCUAAUGGAAUCAAAAGUAUGUGAAUGUUAGGUCAUACCUACUGAGUGUAUUCAUAGGCAACCAACUGGCAACAUGGUUAUAAAACUGGGUUUGGAGAAAGUCUUGUCAUGGAAUCUUGCCAUUUGAAUAUUUCAAGAUUAGGGACAUACAAUCAUGUCAUCCAGUUCUAUAUCUAUAAUGUAAGCUUAGUAUGUCCUUGCAAUAUGCCAGUAAAAAAAUUGGUUGUGAGUUCUGAUUUUUUUUUGCCAGACAUAUUUGAAUUUUUUUUCUUCAAAGCAAGUCACUGUAAUUGCAGUCUAAGGGAAAAUCACAAUUUUGAUGACAUACCCUUCUAGAAAAAAUGUAGAAUGAAAUGAAUUUACUCCCAGUUUUGAAUUGAUAUGUUUUUUGGAAUGGUAAAAAAAUGUAUAUGUAAGCUUAUUUCUUAGAUAAUAGAGAUCUGAUUUUAGCACAUUUGAUUUUUUUCAUACGUCAACUUUCUUGCUAGGGUAUUGAAGCUGUAGCAAAAUCUUAACAUUGCCAGUUUUAUCAAUUAAUACACUGGUUGCCAUUUAUGAAAUCAUGGGCAUUUCUCUAUGCUGGAUCUUGGCACCUGUUCACAAAACAUUUUCAGUCUCAGUUGAGUUUGAUAAUGAAACUUCAUUUGUAUCUAAAUAUGUUUAAAACUUAAUUUUCAAAUUAAUAACUAUUUUCAAGUGGCUAUUCAGUAUUGAUGGUCAGUCUCAGUUUGGAUUUAACCUCGAGGUUUUCGUAAAAUUGAACUCAAACUCAGCGGAGACCGAAAAAUAUUUUGUGAACACUGGGCAUUAUUAUAUAUAAUUAAGGACAUUACAUGACAUCCAGUUUAUCAAACAUACAGAACUACCUAAAAAUGAGAAGUUUGUUUCUGAAUUUUGGUUUAUGCAAUACAAGUGUGAGUGGAGUUUGCGUAAUACAGUGAUAAUUAUAAAUUUUACUAGUAUAGAAAGAUUCUGUUUCAACAAAGUUCAUUUAGACUGAACAUAUAUCCUCGUAAAUCUGAAUUAAAGCGUGAUACUUGUUCUCUCAUUGCUGUAACAUUUAUAUUUGAAACUGUGUAUCACGUUGUACUUUGAUUUACAUGUUAUCUUGUUGUAUUACAUUAGUGAUUAAGAUAUUGUAAUCAAACUUUGCUGUCACAGUAAGGAUAAGGAGUUGUUGCAUUUCAGUAAUAAAUUGUUACAUUAUAAAGAA